GAUGUUUUCUGUCAAUUGUGAGGUGUUGAAGUGUCAACCAGAAUAAAGCAAAAUAAUUUCAAGAUAUCCCUAAUCUUGGAAUGAUUUUCAAAAUUUAUUUAGUCUGUUUACUAUUUAGUUUUGUGUGUUCUAUUUCCAAACAUCCCAUAUUAAUAGUUGUGAGUUAUGAUGCAUUCCGAUACAACUAUUUUGAUACAAAAAUGGUACCAAAUAUGGAAAAGCUAAGAAAAGCUGGGACUUACUCGGAUUAUUUGAUCAAUGUAUUUCCCACAAAAACAUUUCCAAAUCACCAUUCAAUUGCCACAGGGCUCUAUCCUGAUAUUCAUGGGGUUAUAGGAAAUACUUAUUAUGACCCCAAAGUAAAAUCUAUUAAGGGAAUGAGCUAUGAAAUGUAUCAUUAUGAUGAUCAUGUUAUACCUAUUUGGCGUUGGAAUGAAGAUAUGGAAGAUGGAAGAUAUUCUGCAAGUAUGAUGUGGCCUGGAGCUGCAUAUGAUUUCCAAAAUAAAAAUAUAACCCAUGUUAAGUCAUAUGAUCCCAAUUAUGAUUGGUUCAAAAGAAUUGAUGAUGUAAUUAAUUGGAUUAAACACCCUACUGAACCAGCAAAUUUAGUUAUGGUUUAUUUUGAAGAACCAGACACUCAUGGUCACGCAUUUGGUCCUAAUUCAAAGGUUGUAUUAGACUUACUGCAAAAAUUGGAUAAUGUCACAAAAUACUUGGAUGACCAACUGAAAAAAAAUAACCUGGAUGACCAUGUAAAUGUAAUCCAUUUGAGUGAUCAUGGCAUGAUAGCAGUAACACCUCCCAAAUUUAUAAACAUUACCCAAUAUUUAACCAAUGGAACAUACCAGUAUGCUGGGGCAAGCCCAUGCAUUCAAAUUAUACCAAAAGAAGGACACAAAGAUGAAAUCUAUGACAAACUGAAAAAGGCUUCAAUAAAAAACAAACAUUUCACUGUUUAUAAAAAGGAGGAAUUUUUCGAGAGAUGGCACUACAGCAAUGAUAGGGCUCCAGAGAUUUUAAUUAUGGCAGAGGAGGGCUAUGCUUUGGAGGACCUUAUUGUCGCCGCUCCUAUUUAUGCGCAUAAAUAUAACUUCACGCUCACAAAUUCGUCCGAAUUCGGUGUCCACGGCUACGAUUACACCAUGAAAGACAUGCACCCGUUCUUUAUGGCUCGCGGUCCUAAAAUAAAGAAACACCACAAAGUGGCUCCGUUCAACACGGUCGAUUUAUUCGACCUGUUCUGCGAAAUUUUGGACAUCACACCCACUCACAACAACGGCACAUUGGCGAACAUUCUGGAUAUUCUAUCCAACAAUAAGAAUGGAAAAUACAGUAUCGCAUCCAUACUGGUCAUAACUGUAGGGGGAGUUGUUGUAACUAUAAUCCUAGUUAGCUUAGCGGCAAUUGUCACCCUUAUUUUGAUUAAACGCCAGCAAAACAUCACAACAGCUGCAGCAUUGAACAAAAGGUUUCCACAAACCUUUCAAAGCAAUAUCGAGGCUCAGCACUUGUUGGAACCGGAAGAUGCCUAAAAGGCAGCUAUUUUUGUUUUUAAUUUGUUUUAUUUAACCAUGAUUUUAAUUUCACUGGGUACACUGGCCCACAAAAAGUUUGCUUUUUAAAACAAAAAAUAGUCAAACUCAGAACUCUUUGGUGUCUCAGAACUAGUAACUUUAUUAGUGUUUAUUUGUCC